AAAAAUGUUGCUUUUGUGCGCUAUGCAUUGAUUUGAUAGAAUAAUAUUCUAGAAUCUAGAAAGUCUAGAAAUAAGUAAAGUUGUAUUAAGGAUAUUGCAGUGUUGUCGUAACUAUUAUACACAUACACAAACAUGUCUAAUGUAUUUGGGUUAAUUGUAUCAGGGCGCCUCGUCCAGACAGACUUUGCGCCACUGUCGGAGACUCAGUUCCUCAUCACUAUCACGGAAGCGGAUAAUAUUAACCAUGCGGUGGUCUUCUUAACUGGGGUCGCGCCGCUGCCGGCCGGUACCGUGGGUAUGGUUUAUUGGAGCUGGCCGGACCCAAGUGCACCACCCAACUGGCAACUUCUAGGACAUAUUUCGAAUACGAAACCCUCCGCUAUCUUCAAAAUAGGAACUCUAAAAAAGCUACACGAACUAUCAAGUGAAAACAAAUUUAUAAGUGCGUUUGGUCAACAACAGAUAUGUCACAAUGCACAGAUUGGUAUAGCUAUUGAACCUGAAUCAAAUGUUCAACUGCUUGCUUCCUCUGUAGCACAGCAACAAAACAACUACAUUACAUUCGCACAAAAGAUGCUGGAACACCUGGUGAACUUCGUCGCUUCAUUCUCUGUGACGCAGGACCAGAUGACGCCGACUCCUGGCGUGUCGUACAUCCCCUUGAAUACGCUUCACACAUGGUAUCAGAACUUUGAGAGAAGACUGCAACAAAACCCUAACUUCUGGAAAAAUUGAAACGAUCUCAACAGUGUGCUGCCGGGGCGUGUCAUGUAGCGUUGACAUAGUAUUGUUGUACAACAAUAUAUUGCCAAGAGUGUUUCGUUACAAUGGGCUUGCGGUGCCACAUUAGGCCGGCACGGUUACUGUACCGGGAACAUUGCGCAGCGGCAUCUCGCGGCGACCCCUAGCACGGCGGGUUACGCAUGCCGCGCACAGACCACACUGAGCUCCACUAAACAAAACCGCUAUACAAGGAACCAUCGUCUCCCGAGAUGCACUGGCGUGCCACGGCAACCUUUGGAAUUAAACUGCAUGCUUCGUCAUGGCGCAGCAUCCUUUUGCAUCGUGAUAUCUAAAUAAAGUAACAUGAACUGUAACGUCAUUCGAAUAAGUUUCAAAAUAAUUUAAUCAAUAAUAAAGUUCUUGAGCGCCGGCUCUUAUUCGAGGUUUAAUUUUUUAAUCACACACAAUAAUCUACACACUUCAGUUGUAGUGCAUGGUGG